UAUCUCACUCCUCCCCACUCUCUGAGUUUCAGUCGGGGCGAGGCGAUGCAUAUCUCAAAAAAGCUUUUAGCACGCGACAUUGAUGGUUUGAAACGAGUAUUUCAUCAGUUUUGGAUACAGUCUGCAGUCAGAAACAAAACCAGUAUGAGGAACCAUUUUCUCCUUUUUGGGGUUUUUCUGGUGAUGGAAGGUGUGUUUGGUGCUGAUGAAGUGACAGCAAUAUCAGCAAAUGUAGGAGAUGAUGUCACACUAGAGACAGGUGAUACUGAAGUACAGAGAGCUGAUGAGCUGUCAUGGAGGAUUCAAGGUGAAAUCAUAGCACGGCUCGAUAGAGAAGCCAAGAUGGUCUCAAUAAACACAGAUGAUGAGAGAUUCAGUGGGAGACUGCUGCUGGAUAAGACGACUGGAUCUCUGACCAUCAAGAACAUCAACACCGCAGACUCUGGAGUUUAUGAACUACGGAUAAUCAGCCGAAGUGGGGUCAAGACAAAGACAUUCAGUCUUACUGUACACUCUGAGGAUGUCAUUGUUCAAGUGUCUGUGAUGGAAGGAGAUUCAGUCACUCUAAACAUUAAUGAUACAAAACAGAAAGAUGAGGAGCUGAACUGGGAGGUGUCUAAAGAUGAAAAUGUUUACAAAAGCAUUAAAGAUGAAAGAUUUAAGACAGGCGAAACUGGAUCUCUGACCAUCACAAACAUUAACAUCAAAGACUCUGGACUUUAUCGACUAGAGAUCAGCAGCAGCACGAGCAUCAAAUACAAGGCAGGAUUUAAUGUUGCUGUCCACGAGGGACUGAAGUCAGUGUCAGUGAUGGAGGGAGAUACUAUCACUCUACACACUGGUGUUACUCAGAUCCUCACGGAUCGCUUAAACGGCACCGGAUCGAGCCGGAGUAACAUUAACCUGAAUAAGGAGACCGGAGAAAUCACCAUCAGAAACAUCAGAGGAGAUCAGUCUGGAGAUUUUGAAGUGGAGAUCAACACCACCAAUGUGGCCUUACACAGAAAAUUCAGUAUUAAUAUUAGCGGUGUGUUUAGUGAUGAGAAAGACGGAGUGAAGACGGUGUCAGAGAAGACGGGAACUAAUGUCGUUCUAGACACUCACGUGACUAAAAUACAAAAAGAUGAUAUUUCGAUAGAGUGGACAUUUGGACCUCAAAACAUUUCCAUAGCAAAACUUGAAGGAAAGGGCGAAAAUAAAAUAUAUAACUACAAUGAUGAGAGAUUCAAAAACAGACUGAAUCUACACAUUGACAGUGGAGAUCUCACCAUAAAAAAUGCCAACAGUGAACACUCAGGACUUUAUCAGAUAAAGAUCAUCAACAACACAUUCACCAUACAGAAGAGAUUCAGUGUUACUGUCAGUGAUUCAGGUCUGUCUUCAGGUGCUGUAGCAGGAAUAGUUGGUAGUGUUUUGAUGGCGCUCCUUUUUGCAGCAGCUCUUGGUGUGAAUUACUAUCAGUAUACUAUCAUCUCUAAAUUGAAAAAACAAUCAGUUUCAGUAACGGAUCAGAAUCAGGAACAGGAUGAAACAACUCCAACAGUAAAUAAUCAUCAUCUGUGACAAUGUAAACGCAGGCUUUGCAUGAUCAAUAUAGGGACUAUAUGCAACAUUGUCUUUUUUUAUUGCCAGUAUGUGAACAUCUUGUUAUGAAGCCUUACCCAGCUUCCUAGGUUGUCUGUAGACUGACUUUUAUGCAAAGCAAAAGAUGAAAAAGAACGUCACUGUGAGUAUAUCAGGGCAUUGAAUCACAUUCAGUCUCGUGUUCAUUAUGUGUUCAUGAGUGUGAGCUCGAGCAGUUCACUUAAUGACCACUGUGUUUAUAUAUAGGCUGUUUUUGACAUAAAUCACACUUCAGGUAUUUUUUGCCUCAUGCUUGACUUGAACAAAAGGGAAGAUUUUCUUCACAGGUAUUUGUAAAGCUCAUAUAUCAUAAGUAAUGUUUGUUGUUUCUUCUUAGUGUAAUAAUUUUAGGUAUUAAAUAAAUUGUGACUGAUCUUAAAGCUGCAGUGUAAUUUCUGUUCUGUUAGUGUGUGCUCAUGUGGAUCUGUGUGCAAAUACACAAUAAAGCAACUGGACAAAACUAA